CCGCCCGCCGCCACUGAGGGACCACCCAGGGUGGUGGUGGGCUUAGGGUGGCAAACUUUCUGCCCAGAUGGGCCAGGGUGGCAGCUUCGUCCUUCCUUUAUCUUCAGCCUCACGGCUGCAGCACCAUCUUCCCUCGGACGCGCCACGCUGAGCGGAGGGCGGUGCGGCGGAGCCCUGCGCUCGUUCCGGCAGCGGGCGCCGCUCCGUUUCGGUCCGCCCCGCACCGGAGAGAGGGCGGCAGGCUCCGGCGGGCUCUGCUGCUGCUGCCGCCACCGCCGCCCCCGUCGCAGGAGGAGAAGGAUGGAGCCGGGCAAAGAGCCCCGAGUGAGCACGGGAGAGAAGCCCAGCGAAGCAGAGCCGGCGGUUUCCUUCCAGGCCCGGCUGUGGAAGAACCUGCAGCUGGGGGGCAAGGGCCGGAGCGGCGGCGGGCCGGCAGCAGCCGAGCGCCGCACUGCGGAGCCCCUCGCUCUGCCGCCGCCGGCCGGCAGCAAGGGGGACCUCCAGCCCGGUGGCAAGUGGAGUGGCUUCAAGCGACGGCGGCACGUGCUAGACCGCGUCUUUUCGUCCUCCCAGCCCAACCUAUGCUGCUCUGCCGCCGAGCCGCUGGAGCCGGCCGGCGAGUCCGGCUCCGCCCUGCGCCGCCUGCGGGAGCACCUGCUUCCCCAAGGCAAGGGGCCGCCGCCCGGCCGCCGGCCGGAGCCCGCCGCCGGCUGUGAGGGGCCAGCGGGUGGCAGGGAGGGGCGCCGGCCCGGGGCGCACCUGUCCCACCAGAAGAGCUCCUCGCUGCCCAGCACCGCCUGCCUGGAGCAGCUGCUGCAGGGCUCGCCCGCCGCCGGCAGCAUCCAGGACCAGCGGACGGAGGACGGCGACAGCAGCGCGAGAACAAAUUCAUUUGGAACUAGUAAUGCAGAUUUCCCCCCUGGGGACCCUGGAAUGUACCAGUUGGAUGUUACUCUAAGAAGAGGACAGAAUCUAGCUGCACGGGACCGUGGAGGAACAAGUGAUCCAUAUGUCAAGUUCAAACUUGGAGGAAAAGAAGUCUUUAGAAGUAAAACAGUACACAAAAACCUCAAUCCUGUGUGGGAAGAAAAAGCUUACAUUCUUAUAGAUAACCUAAGAGAACCAUUGUAUAUAAAGGUAUUUGAUUAUGACUUUGGACUUCAAGAUGACUUCAUUGGUUCAGCAUUUUUGGAUCUCACAUCCCUGGAAUUAAACAGGCAAACAGAUGUUACCUUGAGUCUGAAGGAUCCUCAUUACCCUGACCAUGAUCUGGGAAGUAUAAUCCUGACAGUUCUGUUGGCUCCAGGAGACCAGCGAGAAGCGACAAUGCUGAUGAGGAAGAGUUGGAAAAGAUCAAGUAAGUUUCAGACCCAGAGCUUACGUCUCUCAGACCUGCACAGAAAGUCUCAGUUAUGGAGAGGGAUAGUUAGUGUUACCUUAAUAGAAGGUCGUGAACUUAAGGCGAUGGAUGCAAAUGGGCUCAGCGAUCCUUAUGUGAAGUUUCGUUUGGGGCAUCAGAAGUACAAGAGCAAGAUUGUUCCAAAAACUUUGAAUCCUCAGUGGAGGGAGCAGUUUGACUUUCAUCUGUAUGAAGAACGAGGUGGAAUUAUUGAUAUUACCGUGUGGGACAAAGAUGUUGGCAAAAAGGAUGAUUUCAUUGGCAGGUGCCAGAUUGACCUGUCGACUCUAAGUAAAGAACAAACCCACAAGAUGGAGAUGUCGCUAGAGGAAGGAGAGGGAUACCUGGUGUUGCUGGUCACUCUCACAGCAUCAGCUGCAGUCACUAUCUCUGACCUCUCCAUCAACUCCUUGGAGGACCAGAAGGAGCGAGAGGAGAUUCUGAAGAGAUAUAGUCCAAUGAUGAUGUUUCAUAACAUCAGCGAUGUGGGAUUUCUUCAGGUGAAGGUCAUCAGGGCAGAAGCAUUGAUGGCAGCUGAUGUCACAGGUAAAAGUGACCCAUUUUGUGUAGUUGAACUGAACAAUGACAGACUGCUGACACAUACUGUCUACAGGAACCUCAAUCCAGAAUGGAACAAAAUCUUCACAUUCAAUAUAAAGGACAUCCACUCAGUGCUUGAAGUGACAGUUUACGACGAAGACCGCGAUCGAAGUGCUGACUUUCUAGGCAAAGUUGCUAUACCAUUGCUGUCUAUUCAAAAUGGUGAACAGAAAGCCUACGUCUUGAAAAACAAGCAGCUGACAGGGCCAACAAAGGGGGUCAUCUAUCUUGAAAUAGAUGUGAUUUUUAAUGCUGUGAAAGCCAGCAUACGAACCUUAAUGCCCAAAGAACAGAAGUACAUUGAAGAGGAAGACAGACUGUCUAAACAGCUACUGUUAAGGAACUUCAUCCGGAUGAAGCAUUGUAUCAUGGCGCUCGUUACUGCUGUCUGCUAUAUUAGCAGUUGUUUUGACUGGGAUUCUCCACCAAGAAGUCUAGCUGCUUUUUUGCUUUUUCUUUUUGUGGUCUGGAACUUUGAGCUCUACAUGAUACCACUGGCUUUGUUGCUGCUGCUGGCAUGGAACUACUUGUUGAUCAUAUCAGGAAAAGAUAACAGGCAACAUGAUACAGUAGUGGAGGACAUGCUAGAGGACGAGGAAGAAGAGGAUGACAGAGAUGACAAGGACAGUGAAAAGAAAGGAUUUAUGAAUAGACUUUAUGCCAUCCAGGAGGUGUGUGUCACUGUCCAGAAUAUCCUAGAUGAAAUUGCUUCCUUUGGUGAGAGGAUCAAGAAUACAUUCAACUGGACUGUCCCAUUCCUGAGCUGGCUGGCAAUUUUUGCCCUCUCUGUGUUCACCAUCAUCCUGUAUUUCAUUCCACUGAGAUACAUUGUCCUUGUCUGGGGCAUCAAUAAAUUUACAAAGAAGAUUCGAAAUCCAUAUGCAAUUGAUAACAAUGAGCUACUUGACUUUCUCUCCAGAGUCCCUUCCGAUGUGCAAGUGAUGCAAUACCAUGAACUGAAACAAGAUCCUUCUCACAGCCCAAGCAAGAGAAAGAAAAACAAUCCUACCUAGCCAACUUCAUGUGUUAAGGAGACCAGCAGUUGCAAGAGGAAGACAAAAGAGCAAGCCUAAGAAGCAUUUCCUUUCUCUAAGAUUUUUAUUUAUCUUGCCUUUUUAUGUAGUGGAGAGAUUUUGUAACAGUAUUAAAAGGUGGAAAAUGGU